AUGCUCUCAGCUCUCAUUACCCUUAUUCUAAACCCCCUCAUUCUAAUUAUCUUCAUCUUACUGGCAGUAGCACUCCUGACCCUCGUAGAACGAAAAGUUCUAGGCUACAUGCAACUACGAAAAGGCCCUAAUGUAGUUGGGCCAUAUGGCCUCCUGCAACCCAUUGCAGACGGACUAAAACUUUUCAUGAAAGAGCCCGUCCGACCAUCGACAUCAUCCCCCAUCCUCUUCCUAUUUAUACCAAUACUCGCCCUCACUCUAGCCCUAACACUCUGAACUCCCAUACCACUGCCCUUCCCCAUAGCCGACCUAAACCUAGGCAUUCUAUUCAUCUUAGCCAUUUCCAGUUUAGCAGUCUAUUCAAUCUUAGGCUCCGGCUGAGCAUCAAACUCCAAAUACGCCCUUAUUGGAGCACUACGGGCCGUAGCCCAGACUAUUUCCUACGAAGUAAGUCUAGGCCUUAUCCUCUUAAACGCUAUCAUCUUUACCGGAGGCUUCACCCUCCAAACAUUCAGCGAAGCACAGGAAAGCACAUGAUUAAUCUUACCUGCCUGACCCCUAGCUGCAAUAUGAUACAUCUCAACAUUAGCAGAGACCAACCGAGCACCAUUCGACCUCACCGAAGGAGAAUCCGAACUAGUAUCAGGCUUUAAUGUAGAAUACGCCGGAGGUCCAUUCGCAUUGUUCUUCCUAGCAGAAUACGCUAACAUCCUCCUGAUAAACACACUCUCUGCAACCCUAUUCCUAGGGGCUUCCCUACUGCACUUCUUACCAGAACUUACAUCAAUUAAUUUAAUAACUAAAGCAGCCCUCCUAUCUGUCCUAUUCCUAUGAGUCCGAGCUUCAUACCCCCGAUUCCGAUAUGAUCAACUCAUGCACCUUAUCUGAAAAAACUUCUUACCCUUAACCCUUGCUCUAGUAAUCUGACACUUAUCCCUUCCAAUUGCCUUCACUGGUCUUCCCCCUCAACUCUAG